AUGAACUACGGAUCAAAUCUUCCAGCUGAAUAUCCGUCAUCAUCGGGUCAAUCAACAUUACAUAAUAAUGAUGUGAAUACACAUACAGUUUUUGAUAAUCCUUAUCCAUCGAAUCAAAAUAAUCAUGAUAAAAAAACUUAUCAACCACCAUCGUAUCCUCAAAAUUCACGUAAAUCUAUUCAAGGAAAUCAACCAAUUGUUCCAUUAAAUGAUGUUGAUGAAUAUGAAGAAAGUAUUCCAACAGCAUCGAGUGAUGCACGUUCAAUAACAACAAAUAAUACAAAUGGUCCAAUGAAUAAAUUUUCUAAUCAUCAACAACCAUCGAAUGGCGUCGAUAGUAUUUCACAACCACAUCCUAAUGAAAAUGUAAUACAAACAAAAAAUAAGAAAACAUCUGAUGAAAUCAAAACUAAAUCAACAUUUAAAAAUCAAAAACAACCUAUAACAACACGAACUCAACCAGUCAAAGAUGUAAAUAAAAAAAUUUUGACUAAUGAAUUUAAUGAAGAUAUACCAUUAGUUCAAUCAAGUAAUACUGAUAUAUGGUCAAAUGAUACAAAAAAGAAAUCAGUUGUUGAUGAAAAAUCAACUAAACAAACUUGGGCAGUUAAAAAUGAUCAAUUACAAAUGGGUCAAACUCAAUCCGAUAAAACAACACGUUCAAAACCAUUUGAUAAUAAAUCAAUUGGAAAUAAAACAAAACCUAUAGCUAAUUCAAUAAAACGUGAUAAAACAUAUGACGGUCAACAUGACCCAUCAUUAGAUGCACUUGUUGAUGAAGAUCUCUUUCCAAAAUCUUUUUCAAAUGAUCAUAUUCGAAAUUCUACUAUACAUCAAUCAAUGUCAAAAAAACAUCAUUUACCGAAAACUUCAUCUGAUCCUUCAAGUCCAACUAGUUCAACGAAAUUUCCUAAACAUUCACAAUAUGAACCACCAUCACCUAAACGUAUACCACCAACUUAUACAACAAGUUCAUGGAGAAAACAAGAAGGAUUAGAUUAUCAAUCUGAUUCAAAUCCUUUUGAUUAUUCUCCAAGUGAAUUAAUGCAAAAUGAUUAUUAUCGUAAAGAUCCUAAUGAACGUUUUCGUGAAGCUCUUCAAAAAUUACGUGCAGAUCGUGCUGAACAACAAAAAGAAUUAAGUGAAACAACAGCAAAACGUUUGCAAUAUGGUGAUCAUAUACGUCAUUCAACAAAAGAUGAAUUACUUGAAAGUAUUAUUAAACCAUCACCAUGGUCAGAUUUUAUAGAAUUAAAAAAAGGAAAUGUUUUAUCACUUUCCAACGAAGAAAAGAGACGUUUUGUUAAAAAAGGAAGAUCAUAUAGUGAAAAAAUUCGAUAUCGAAAUGCUGAUAUGUGGCAUGCCAGUGAAGAAGCACGAUCACUUCAACAAAAUAGCUCUCGGAAAGAUGAUAUUCAUGAAUUUGAAUCAAGUAAUUUUACACCACGUCAAAGAACGAAUAAUGGUAUUUCGAAAUCUGUUAACCGUACACCAAAAGAAUCUGACUUGAUAUCGAAAAUAAAGUCAACAAAUAAAAUUGAAAUGAAGCAAAAAGAUGCUCGUGAUUUUAAUCAAAUGAAAACAAAUCAAAUUAAUCGUACAUUUAUACGUACUGAUCGAUCUUAUGCGAUUGGUUUAUCAGAAAAUGAUUAUGAAAAUAUGUCAGAUCGUAAAUCUGAACAACGAAAUAAGAAAAAGAAAGUGCACUAUGCUAAAUAUGAUUCAGUUGGAAGAGAAAUAAGUGGUAUUGAAAAACCUUAUGAUCGAUUAGAUAAUCUAGAUCAACGAAAUACGCGUGUAAAACUUGGUAAUAUUAACAAUUCUUUAUUUACAGUACAUGAAGAAAGACCAGUAGAAGAUACAACAAAUAAAAAACGAUGGGUGUAUUUCCAAAAAGCAAAUUUAACUUAA